GGCGGGGACAUGCCAUGUGAAUGUCCUCUAGUCUCUUGUACAACGCUCAGGCAGAUACGUGGGGAGAACUAUGAGUGUGUAUAGGAGAGCCUGGCCCCUGUGCAAGAGGAACCCUUACCAUGGGGCCCCUGGAUGGACACAAAGGGGGCUGAGGACAUGUACUGCCCUGCUGAGGGAUCAGGGGGACCCCCCUAACUAUCCAACCCUGACGAAGGAACUUGACAAAAUCCAGAAAAAGUUUAGGGACAAUUUGCCCAGCAGCAAAUGGAGCCCUUUAAGGUCAACCGCACAUCUUCCCCCGGACCAUUCAGACCUAGUCAUCGUCGGGGGAGGAGUGAUGGCCUGGUCAAUUGCCGUCUGGCUAAGGCUGAUUCAGGAAAAAAGGAGCACCUACAGCAUCUUGGUGGUAGAGAGGGACCCUACGUACUCUCAGGCAUCCACGGUCCUGUCAGCGGGUGGCAUCCGACAGCAAUUUUCUCGGCCGGAAAACAUCGAAAUGUCCAUCUUUGGUGCUCAUUUUCUGAGAAACAUUAAUGACUAUCUGGGCGUGAUGAAUGAAGAUCCCAUUGACAUUCAGUUCAACCCAUCUGGAUACUUGUUCCUGUCCAGUGAGAAAGGCGCAGAAAUCUUAGAGCAAAAUUACAAAACUCAGCGAGAACUAGGAGCCAAAGUGAUCCUGUAUUCUCCAGAGCAGCUGAAGAACAAGUUUCCAUGGAUUAAUACUCAGGAUGUCGCUCUGGCUUCCUACGGUCUGGAGAAUGAGGGCUGGUUUGACCCCUGGACAUUCCUCCAUGCCCUCAAACGAAAGGCACUUUCUAUGGGGGUGGAAUUUUGCCAGGGAGAGGUAACAGGUUUUGACAGCGUGGCAGAGGAAAUGGUGACAUCGGAGGGAGACCCAGUAACCGUCACCACCAUCAAAAAUGCCAUUGUGUCGAUGCCAUAUAGUCUGGAGAGUCAGCCGGUGGAAUGCUCUGCGGUCAUUAAUGCUGCUGGUGCCUGGUCUGCAAAGGUGGCAGAGAUGGCAGGAGUGGGCCUGGGGAAUCCCAACACAGCACAAGGAACAAAACUUCCUGUAGAGCCCAGAAAGAGAUAUGUCUAUAUGUUUAAUAGCCCCAAUGGCCCUGGGCUGGACUGUCCGAUGCUGAUAGACAGCUCUGGAGCGUAUUUUCGAAGAGAAGGACUUGGGGGUAACUACAUCGGAGGUCUCUCGCCAUCGGAGGAAGAGGAACCAGACACCAGCAAUUUGGAUGUUGACCACAAUUAUUUCCAAGAGAAGGUGUGGCCACUCUUGGCGCACAGAGUACCGGCGUUUGAGUCACUCAAGGUAAAAUCGGCCUGGGCAGGAUUUUAUGAUUACAACACAUUCGACCAAAACGGGGUGAUUGGCACACAUCCACUGGUGCAGAACAUGUACUUUGCUUGUGGGUUCAGCGGACAUGGCUUGCAGCAUGCUCCGGCUGUGGGACGGGCAGUGGCAGAGCUGCUGAUUGAUGGAAAAUUCAAGGCCUUGAACCUAAAACCAUUUGGCUUCCAGCGUUUCACUUCGAACAGGCCCAUCCAGGAAAGGAAUAUUGUAUGACGUUCCAAAAACCAGCUAGUGAUCUUUAUCAAGAUUUGGAUGAUCGCUGGACAACAGAAACAUCUGUAGGAUGUGUGACAUGAUCACAGCAACCACUCCAAUGCACAAGCCUGAACAGAUUCUGUAUCCAAUCUUCAGCAAAAUUAUAUUACCUCACCUGCCAGAAACCACUUGAAAAAAUAAUAAUAAUUUUAUAUAUUUAUGAAUGUUAUAUCAUGUCUGAAUGUAGACUGCUUGGUACACAAUCUACUUGCAAAGAAAUUACUUAACAUCUUUUUUCAGAUAACUUUUAAUUGGUCAUCUGCCAGCCUUAUAAGUAACUGCUUUUACAGAUCUAUUUACCAAACUUAUGUGCGGAGAAAAUUGUGUGAACAAUAUAGUUUACUUUUUAUAUAUGAAGUGGCUUCUAAAAAAAAGUGUUGAUUAAAAGGCAGACUUUUUUAUGAACUUUUAA